UAUCCUGCCGUACCUACGAGGCGUUGGGUAUUUCACCUUCACCGCUGUGUUGUGUUACUAACAAUCAGUACAUUAUUAGAGUGAUGGAUUGAGGUUAUAUUUGAGUAGUAGCAAUAUAUAUUAAAGUUUUCCCAUCUAAAGAGCAAUUAAUUGAAUAUAACUAAUAUCUAAGUGAAAAAUUACUCAGCAUGCAUGGCAUCAAAGAUGACCGGGAAGACAGCGAUGGAGAAGAGAUGGAGCAUGAAUCUGGAGAAUCAGAUAAAUCCAGUUCCAGCUGUGACAGCAGUGAUGCACCAUCUGAUUCAGAUGACAGUUCAGAGAUGGAUGAAGAGGAAUGUGAGAGGCGACGAACUGAAUGCGUGGACAAUUUAGUUGAUUUAGAAAGGCAGUUCUCUCUUCUUCGAGAACAAUUAUAUCGGGAACGUAUUACUCAAGUAGACACCAAAUUAGGUGAAGUAAGAUGUGGACGUGCACAGGAAUAUCUACAACCAUUAGAAGAGCUACAAGAAAAUAUGAGAAUUCGUACAGAAGUUGCAGGGAUCCUGCGUGAAUUUCGUCUCGCCAACAUUCGUAAUAAAUGUGAAGCCGAGGAACUAGCAUCGUCACAGAACUACGAGAGUGAAAAGUGCCUUUUGUGGGACUCCAUACAUGGUGACUUGGAAGAUAAAAUAAGGCAUUUAGAAGAAGAUCGCAACAAUGUUGACAUUAGUGCUGACCUCUGGCUAGUGGAGCAGAGUUACAACAAUGCUGGAAAGAUGAUUAGACGUGGCGCUGGAGGUACAGGAAAGAUGGCCGACUCACUCAACUCCUCCCGCAAGAAGCCAGUCACUGUGUCUGGUCCGUAUAUCGUCUACAUGCUGAACGAUGCAGAUAUAUUGGAGGACUGGACAGCUAUCAAGAAGGCACUUUCUGUUUCAAAGAGGAAAUCAGAGUUACAUAUUUGACGGUAAUGUAUUCAAGGCGAUGUGCAGAACCCCGGAACUUGCUGAUGAGCACUGAGGGAAGGUGUGGCAGUUUCUCAUCAGAGCAUGCAACGAAGUGAGCAAGGAUUAAAUAUACAAAAGCAUUGGAGGGCAUCAGAGUAAUUUCAUUGCCAGCGUUUACUUUACUUGCCGACAAGUACUGGAACUAUUACUUUCAGUAUCCUCACUUUACUUGAUAUUUAAUAUUCACUUCUGUAGUUACAAACUCUUAGAUGUAUCUGAGAUUUGGAGUUCUUACAGUGGUGAAGAUGUCGAUCAUGGUGUUGUGGGUUGUGACAUUGUAGUCUUGUAUGCGGUACAGACUCCUGAAGAUGGAGGCGAUCCUCUGAAACAUUAGUAAUCACGACCAUGCAGCACAAUCUAGAAGACCAAGAUCGCCAGCUCUUAUGACGACAAAGCCAACGUGGUUUUAAUAGUAUAGACAAUGCAAGACGAUAUAAGCACAUAAAACAUAGACUCCCAUUCUUCGUUGUGCAUCCAGGGCAUCGUGCCAGAAGGGUGUAUGAACAAAAUGACUGAUUUACAGGACACAAAAUUCUUACACUUAUUUGGUUUGACACAUGUGCGUUAUGCCCUUCUGGCAUGACAUAUAUCCCACUAUUUUAUAUUAGCCAAAUAUCACCAAUUGUGCAGAUAAUUUAAUACACCUUUCUUGCACGAUGCCCUCGAUAUACAUUACUGAUUUUGUUCUUGUAAGGUAUUAAAAAUACAUCCACAGAACAUGUGGAAGGCCAGUACCACAAUAAAGCACCACGGAGAGCUGGCUGCGAAAAACAAAAAGUCAUAAAGCAGUACAGAUUUCUCUGUCAUAGUUUGCUCCAUACAACACAGAGGAAAAAAAAUGUUGGUUUGGGAUUCAAAUGUGACUCUUCUGAAUGGUAUGGUAUAAUUUCUAGUCUUUGUUUGCCUGAGCAAUAUGAUUUUCUGAAAAGUGCAUCACAUUCGCUCUUCUAGAUACAGCAAAAGGUCAGACAUCAACAUUUGGCUCGUUUCAGCUUACACUGUGAACCUUUCAGGUUAUGCUUUACCCCAAGGCUAAUGUGGUGGUGCAUUAUAAUUAUACCGUCUGUAAAUAUGUGUUCUACAAAGUUUGUUUGUAUUGCACUUUUGCAACUUCGUAACAUUUUAAUGAGAUUGGUAUGUCCGGAAAAUUGAGGUUAACAACUCACCAUUAUUGUGGCCUGUUCAGUUGCCAGAAUAACCGUGUUAAGCUUACUCCGAGAAGAAAUGAAGUUUAGAGUGCUGUGCUGUAUGCCGAUUUGCAUUCGGUGUGCCGUGUCUUCUUGUUUGAUCUCUUUCAAUAUUUGACUGCAAGGUUCUUAAACACAGAAAAACUUAAAAUAAAUAUUAAGUUGGUCUAAUGUAUUUGAAAUGUUACUUUUUAUUAAAUUUACACAUUUAUAAAUGCUGUAUUAACAACCAAAGAUAUAUACGUAUGACUGAAAUGUAAAUUUCAACAAUUUUCCAAUACUGUUUUAUUUAAUAAACCAGUGUUACAAGAUCUGUGAAUUUUAUAAAGAAAAAGCUUGCACAUGAAAUAUGUAUAGCCUGGAACACACAAAAUGAAUCAAGGCAAGAAGUUGGUACAAUUACUGGUGCCAGAACAAAGACCCAAAAGUUGAAAAUGCAUUCUUUUUUGUUGUGUGCGUCUUGGAGUGAUUUCUGGUUAGUGCCCAGACUUUUAAUUGAUAAUGAGUAAAUAUGGAAUGUUGAACUGUCUAUUUAGUACCGACGAAAAAGCACUGAAUUGCACUUCACACUGCAAGGAACCUUAUUUGGGUGGGGUGGGGGUUCAUUCUAAUUCUACCAUACUGUGGUUAAUGCAGACAAAGUUUUCAGUAAACUGAGAGGUUCCACUAGAAUGUUUUGAAGCAGUGAUACUUAAUAUGAAGGGUGCCAAUUUCUUAUUUACCUUUGUUUAAAAGGGUUUCAGAUAUUCCACUAAUAGCAUGUAUGUGGUGAAUAUGUGCAGUUAUUUUCUUACUGACUUAUUCCUUUUGUUCUUGACAUAUGAAUUAAUCCGUUUUGGUUGAUCCUUGAGGCAGUUAAAUUUGGUGGGGUACUGCUGUUUGUCGUGGGGGUCACAGUGGCCGCGUGGUCUGAGGAGGCCUUGUGCCGCUUGGUCACUGCGACCGUGGGUUCGAAUCCCACUCAAGCCAUGGAUGUUUGUCCGCGUUUUUCUGUGUUGUGCUGUCCUGUGUACAGGUAGAGGCCUUGCGAUGGGCUGAUCCCUCGUCCAAGGAGUCCUACCGAAUGUCUCCCCCUCAGGUCUGGUAACCAUGCCCAUUUUUCAACAAUCAUCCUCAGUAUAUCAUGGCCAGGAGAAAAUGGAAUUUUACGGUUACUUCUGUUUCAAGAAUGAAUGUCUUCAUUCUUGCUAGGUCAUAAGUUAAAUACCGUAACUUCUAGCACUAGCAAGAAAAUGGGUAAAAAUGACAUAUAGUCAUUAAAUGCGAAAGUUAUUCACAGUAAAACAGUAAAGUGGUAACAAUUUUCAGCAAGCACAUUUUUAUUUGUGCCAGUCCUUUUAUAUUAUUGAUCAUACAUUUUCAAUCGCUAAGAUUACAUAGUGUCAAAUGAUAUGAUGCUUAAACACUCAACAUUUAAGUAAAUACACAUCCAAGGUGCAACCUCUGUCAAGUGAACAAGAAAGAAUUGGCCUGAUUAUCUAGAAUCUGAUUAAAUUCUCUUCUAUAAAGCACCAAGUUUUAAAAGUGCCAAAUUGCUUUGUAUGUAGUUGGGAUCUCACGUUCCUUAUCAUUAUGUUUAUAUUAACAUUAUGGUAAUUACAAUUUCAUGUACUUACUAUGUCUGCUAAGCCAGUUGUAUCCAACAAUUUUAAAUAAAGUAUUCGCUAAAACAUUUUCUACA